UGCUGCCUCGAUAGCUCUCAUUAUGCUGUGCUCAGUGGCCCGGUGUGUUCCCCGCCUCUGCUAGGCAGUGGCAGCAUGGAUGGUGCUCUUGUGACGACCUCUGCUGAUGCUAUCAGUCCACUGCGGAUAGGCAUGCUGAGUAAUCCUGCUGUAAAUGGGCGAGGACACGGACACACGGAAAAUUAACCACAGCUUUCUGCGAGACCACAACUAUGUGACUGAAGCUGAUAUUAUUUCUACAGUUGAGUUCAACCACACUGGAGAACUGCUGGCUACUGGUGACAAGGGGGGUCGAGUUGUUAUAUUCCAAAGGGAACCUGAGAGUAAAAAUGAGCCUUACAAUCAGGGGGAGUACAAUGUUUACAGCACUUUCCAGAGCCAUGAACCGGAAUUUGAUUAUUUGAAGAGCUUGGAGAUAGAAGAGAAAAUAAACAAGAUCAAGUGGUUACCACAGCAAAAUGCAGCUCACUCACUUCUAUCAACAAAUGAUAAAACAAUCAAAUUGUGGAAAAUUACUGAAAGAGAUAAGAGACCGGAGGGGUACAACUUAAAAGAUGAAGAAGGAAAGCUUAAAGAUCUUUCUACAGUAACGUCACUGCAGGUGCCUGUAUUGAAACCCAUGGAUUUGAUGGUAGAAGUCACUCCCAGGAGAAUCUUUGCUAAUGGUCACACCUAUCAUGUCAACUCAAUAUCUGUCAACAGUGACUGUGAGACGUACAUGUCAGCGGAUGAUCUCAGGAUUAACCUCUGGCAUUUAGCUAUCACAGAUAGGAGCUUCAACAUUGUAGAUAUAAAGCCUGCCAAUAUGGAGGACCUGACGGAAGUGAUUACAGCCUCUGAGUUCCAUCCCCACCACUGCAAUCUCUUCGUCUACAGCAGCAGCAAAGGAUCCCUGAGACUCUGCGACAUGAGGGCAUCGGCUCUCUGUGACAAACAUUCCAAGCUUUAUGAAGAACCAGAAGACCCCAGUAACAGAUCAUUUUUUUCAGAAAUUAUCUCUUCAGUGUCAGAUGUCAAAUUCAGUCACAGUGGUAGAUACAUGCUUACAAGAGAUUACCUCACUGUCAAGGUUUGGGAUCUGAACAUGGAAACAAAGCCUGUAGAAACAUACCAGGUCCAUGAUUACCUUAGAAGCAAGUUAUGUUCCCUCUAUGAAAACGACUGCAUCUUUGACAAGUUUGAAUGUGCAUGGAAUGGAUCCGACAGUGUGAUAAUGACAGGUGCAUAUAACAACUUUUUUCGAAUGUUUGACCGCAACACCAAGCGGGAUGUCACCUUGGAGGCUUCCCGCGAGAGCAGUAAACCACGAGCCAUUCUUAAGCCCCGGAGAGUCUGCGUUGGAGGCAAACGGAGGAAAGAUGACAUCAGUGUUGACAGUUUGGACUUUACUAAGAAGAUCUUGCACACAGCAUGGCACCCAACCGAGAACAUCAUUGCUAUAGCAGCGACAAACAAUCUGUACAUAUUUCAGGAUAAAGUGAACUCAGAAAUGCACUAGAUUUAUCAAUAUCCCUCUAUAUUUACAAACCAGCCUCUUGACAGUUGUAGAAGGAUGUGAUCUUCACAAAAAUUGUGGCUUCUGUGGUGGGAUUUGUAGGUUGCAUCCUUUCAUCCCUCAGCCUGUAUCAUUAUUGGUGGCAAGCCAAUUAUUUUCCAUCACUGCAACUGUAUGAGUAAAAGGCACGAGUGCAAAUCCA